AUGUCAGAUUCACAAAUGUCAAAUGUAAAUCAUAGCGGUUUGAGCGCAAGAGAAGACCCCUACGCGAAUAAUUCCCAGUACAACUAUAAAGCGAACGAUGCCAAGGCUUAUGUGCAAACAAAUUGUGCUAAUAAUUUUAUAGGUGAUAAUAGUCAAACAUAUGUAUAUACAUCUAACCAGGCUGGCCAAGCAUCGGAGUAUUAUCAUAGUGAAGGAGCGUAUUACAACGCACUUCAAGUUGGAAAUCAAUUAAAAUACCAGGACCAGCAACCUAUAGAAUACAACAACGCCCAAGGUGUAUAUGAAAAGAGUCAACAACCAUAUGGUAACACAAACUCAGAACAAACAAAUAAUACAUUAAACGCAGAAUAUUAUGCAUAUUCAGACGGAAGACUGGUGAACCAGUACACAGCCAACGAGUCAGGAGAAAGUACGCAGGUUAAUUCACAAAAUAAUUAUUCAAAAACAGAUGAAAACAAUAACAACAGUGAAAACAAGGAAUCUAGGCACAGCAGCUCAAGUCGAAGAAAUAGAAGCAAUAGCAGGUCCUCAGAAAGUAGGUCGCGCAAAAGAACACACCGCAGUAGGUCGAGGAGUAAAAGGUCAAGAAGAAGACAUAAACGACACCACAGGUCAAGAUCAAGAUCAAGGUCGAGAAGCGGCCACAGAAGCAGGAGCCACGAUAGACACGCAAGGCGCCGCCGCCACAGCAGUAGGCAUCGCAGCAGCAGAUACAGGUCCUCGGAAAAAGAGAGACACCGGAGCAGGCACGAAAGCAGAAAAAGAGCAAGAAAUAGAUCCAGAAGCAGUGAAAGAGAGCGCAGACGCAAAGAUUUAAACCCAGAAGUAACCUACGGAGGAAAGUCAGCAGGAGAAGUGGGAGUGGAUGUGCUGGAGAAGGCGAGACUGCUGCGAAGCAGCGAGAUAGAAAAAAGAAGACAGAGAGACAUAGAAGAGGCGCAGAGAGAUGACCUGACAGUGCUGGUGUUUAACAUGAGUCUGUCAGUGGACGAAAGAGACAUAUACGAACUCUUCAGCGAACACGCAGGAAAGGUGCGAGACAUACAGCUAGUGAGAGACUCGAGAAGCGGACGCAGCAAGGGAAUAGCGUACGUGGAGUUCUACACGCAGGAGUCGGUGAUCAAGGCGCUCUCGAUGAACGGAAUGUCGCUGAAGGGACAGGGAAUAAGAGUGCAGAGCUCGCAAGCAGAAAAAAACAGAGCAGCAAGAGCAGCGAAGCAGCUGCAGGAAAACGCACUGAAGGAAGCAGAUAACCCGACGACAGUGAUGGUGAGUAACCUGGUGGGAGUGCUGAGUAACCUGAGCGAAGGAGACCUGCAGCAGCUGUUCGCACCCUUCGGAAACGUAGCGGAAGUGGCAGUGGCGAGAAACGACCUGGGACUCUCGAAGGGGUACGCGUACGUGAGGUUUAAGCGCUGGACUGAGGCGAGAGAGGCGCUUAACGUGAUGAACGGCUUCGACAUCAGCGGACAGCCGAUCAAGGUCUCCUACGUGACGAGCAACAAGCGCGGCAGAGGAAGCAGGCUCAACGAGCUGGGCGACCUGGACAUCGAGAGGCUGGACGACGAGGAAGCAGGCCUGAUCUCGGGCUCCAGCAACAAAAUCGCGCUGAUGAAGAAGCUCCAGCAGAGGGUUAACGCAGCAAACAUAGUGUUGAGCAACAUGUACACGAGCGAAGACUACGCAGACAACAACGACUUCUUCGACGAAAUAGAAGACGACGUGAGAGAAGAGUGUAAAAAGUACGGAGAAGUGGUGAAGGUGUACCUGAACAGGCGGAAGCCAGACGGGAAGGUGUACGUGAAGUUUAGAAGCAACACCGAUGCACAAACAGCACACAAGAGUUUACAGGGAAGAUACUUCGCAGGAAACACGAUACAGGUGGGAUAUCUAUCAGAUGAUCAAUUUAAUUCACUGUUAGGAUCAUAA